GAGUGGGCCGCUCUGGCGCCGCACUAACUGUCACGAUGUCGCGGGCGAGGACCCCAGACGAGGUGGAGGAGGAUGAAGAAGUGGGCUUUUUAGGCCCUCGGGAAGGCUUUAAUCCAAACGACAGGCUCCAGUCUUCGCACCGAAUGCUCAGCUACAGUGAUGCCCUGCUCUCCAUCAUUGCCACCGUCAUGAUCCUGCCCGUGGCCCACACGAAGAUCUACCCAGAUCAGCAGUUUGACAAAAGUAUACAAAAGCUUCUCGCAACUAAAAUUGCGGUCUACCUGAUGACAUUUUUAAUAGUAACUGUGGCUUGGGCAGCACACAUAAGAUUGUUUCAGGUAAUCGGACAGAUAGAUGAUACCCUCGCUUUGUUGAACUUGGCCUGUAUGAUGAUCAUUACUUUCUUGCCUUACACAUUUUCCUUAAUGGCGUCUUUCCCGGAUGUGCCUUUGGGGAUUUUCUUAUUUUGCAGUUGCGUUGUCACUAUGGGUGUUAUUCAGGCGGUGAUAGUAGUCUAUGGUUUUCACUAUCCACAUUUAUUGAACCAUCAGAUAUGGAGAUCUGAAAAUAAUUUGAAACAUUUAUACAAGCAGCAUAUCUUAAAAAUUAUAUUAAGAGGACCAGCUUUCUGUUUUUUGGCAGCCAUCUUCUCCUUUUUCUUUUACCCCGUGUCUUACCUUCUUCUUGGGCUUGUUAUCUUCCUUCCGUACAUCCACAAGUUAACUAUGUGGUGUAAGGACAAGAUUAUUGGUCUAAAGGAAGACGAGCGUCGUCCGAGUUUGGAGUUUUUUACUUUUAAUGUCCACGAACCCCUGAGCAAAGAGCGUGUUGAAGCAUUCAGUGAUGGAGUUUAUGCUAUUGUAGCAACCCUGCUCAUUCUCGAUAUAUGUGAGAACAAUGUUCCCGAUUCCAAGGAGGUUCAAGAGAAAUUCCACAGCAACCUUAUUGAAGCUCUCAGUGAAUAUGGACCAAACUUCCUUGCUUACUUUGGCUCUUUUGUAACGGUCGGUCUCCUCUGGUUUGUUCAUCACUCCCUCUUCCUCCACGUAAGAAAGACAACCCAAUUUAUGGGGCUGAUGAAUACAUUUUCACUGGCCUUCAUCGGAGGGCUUCCUCUAGCUUACCAACAGACCAGUGAAUUUGCAGAGCAGUCUCACAAUGAAAUAGAGACCAUUCGGGUCAGUUGUAUCAUUAUUUUUUUUGCCAGCAUCUUUCAGUUUGCUAUAUGGACCACAGCUCUCCUUAAUGAAAGGGAAACAUUACAUCCUUUUGCAUGGUAUGGUGGAAAGGAACAUGCCUUUAUGUUUGCCAAACUAGCUCUCUACCCUUGUGUGAGCCUUGGCGCAUUCUUUUCCACUUGCUUUUUGAGUAAAUUCAGUACAGCCAUCUUCCAUCUCAUGCAGAUCAUAGUCCCAUUUGCCUUUCUUUUGUUGCGCAUUUUUGUCAGAAUUUCUCUGGCGAUUACCAGGUCAAUCGUUUCCCUGGGCCGACGAAAUAACAGUUUGUUACGUGAAGGUGAAGGGAGAUCACCUACUACCGAAACCCUCUCAUAACACUACUACUUGAUAUCCAGUUCAGCUUUUAGUCUAACUGGCAGCUCUCACGUUAUCUUAGAUGGUCAGUUUUCACAGUGCUCUGUGCUCAAGGUGAUUGUUUCUAGCGUACUGUUUCAUUUCUUCAAUGGGAGAAAAUGCAUCCUGUCACAGUUGGGAAACCCAUUGAUGGUUCUGUUAUUUGAGGAGCAGCAGAUUUCCUUAGUGAUAGUCUUUUUAUGUGAAUACAUAUAUCUUGGGGGACUGAAUGGAGGAUUUGGGAGCCAUUUCAUAAUUUAGACAGAUGUCAUUGAUGUUUCACUCCAGAAUUUCUAAAACGGUAUUAGGAGAAAUACCUAGACCCUGCUCAGCUUGGAACUCAAGCUGGAAGAAGUUUGCGGGGAAGGAAUACACUUGAAAGGGAUUUUUUUUUCCUAGCCACUAACAAUAAGAUUGGGGAGUUAUCCUUGUUCUACGUGAAUGUAAAAGUCUAUGCAAAGGCCAGGUUUUUCUAUAUUCUGACAGAGAAGACACUCUUAGCAGGUUUAGGGCUUGUUCAGAAAAUCACCUGUACAGUGUGGUCAAUCUGAAAGCAUGUUCGCAUUGCCGUGCCCAGUCAAGGGGGAGAGUGAAGGCGUGGCCUGUGCCACACCACUACCGAUGGAGGGUCCCUCUCCUUGGCGUUCACUGGGUCUCCCCCAUGGCACCCGAGCAAUGGUACAGGAAGCAGCUGCUGAAUCACGGCCAAAGGUUACAACUCGAUAUGUCAACCUCCGGGCCAUAGGCCACUCUUUGUGCCAGUGUUUGGAAGGCCUCUGUGGAGAAGAGACAUUUGGGAGCGACAAUUUAAAAACUCGAAAAAGGCUUUCUGCUGUUUGCAUUUCGUAAUACGUUUUGUCAACAAAUAAACUCAACUUUAUGAGAA